AUGGCACAUUCAAUUGAGAAUGUUAAAGAUAUCAAUGACUCCAAAGAUUUGUGGAAAUUUGCUGUUAGGAUUAGACAUUUAUGGUCUGUCACAAACAUGUCCAACAAAGAGCACUUGAAAAUAGUUAUAAUGGAUGCAAAGGAAGACUCUAAUAAGUUCAAGUUGAUAUUUUGUGAUGCAUCUUCCGUAAAAACUACAGAUUUGCCAGAUAUUCCUCAGAGCCACAUGAACUUGAUUAGUUUUGAUGACAUACUUGCUGAAAAAUAUGGUUUAUUCGUAGGUGUUAUUGGAGGAGUUCAUGAAAUCAUUCAGACACAGAUGAAUCCGUCAAACAACAAAAAUAAAGUUGUAUUUAUCCUAACAGAUACGAGGUCUUUAAUCCAGUGUACUCUUUAUGGUGACCUUGCAUCACAAUUCUGCAACUACUACAAAAAUAACAAUGAUCAUGCUCAUGUUAUUGUACUUUUUCAAAAUGCACGAUUCAAGGAAGCUGAAGGAAGUUUUCCAUUGACUGUGUCCAACGCAUUGAAAGGUACAAGAUUAACAAGCAAUGAUGUUACGGCAAAGGAUACCAAAUACAAAGCAAGGAUUGUCUUUUGGGACAUUGAUUGUGUUAAGAUGAUUGGAAAAAUUGCCCUUGAACUCAAGAUUGGGUUGAUUGAGCCUAGUGAAGAUAAUCCACUCGAAUAUCCAUAUGCAUUGGAUAAAAUGUUGAAGCAAGAGUUGGCUAUUAGAGUCUUGUUUCAGCCAAAAUAUGGUUGA